AAAUAAUAUAACAACGUUUUAUGAAUGCAUUUUCUUAUCAGCUAUGUUAUUUCUUUAAAAUCGCAUCUUUUAGUCAUAGACACACGACCAAGUCUGGUGUUUAUCAAGUAACUGUCAAUGAUUUUGGAUAAGUUAUUGUUCGAGCAGUUGGAACCGUUGGUAUUUAAUUUUAAUGUUAUCUUGGUUCAGAAUACAAAGGCAGGGGGAUUAUUCUCCAAUUGGGUUUUUGAAUGCUUUGUUUCGAGUCCAGAGUCAUUAACAUGCAUUUCUUCUGCACAAAAGAAAAAUUAUACCAUACUUCAGAUUAUCCAAGGUAGUGACUUAAGUUUUUAAAUACGGGAAGUUGUGACCCAUAUUUACUUCCAAAAUUCUGUAGGAGGAUAUAGAAAGAAAAAAAAAUAAAGUUGGAUGCUAAAGGCUAUAUGUCUUUGUGACUUUUACCUGACAAUGGCUUGUCCAUUUUAGCUUCUAAAUCAACCUGAAAAUGUUAUUUUCCCUCACAAUGAUCAUUGAUGGCAAAUAAAAGCACAAAGUGUAAGCAUAAUAGGCUAACCCAAUGUCAAGUAAUCCUUCCUUCAUCUUUUCUCUGCUGAUUAGAUGAAUAUCCUUUUAUUGCCAUUCAAGUCAUUCUAUUCACUUUAUUCCCCACAAUGGAGUCCCUCAGCUCCCUUAUAUAAGCACAUCCACAUUCAUGUUGAACACAAAUCAGACAGAAAAUAUACCACACUUCACUGAACAAUUUCUUUCAUUUACCUUAAAAAGAAUGCCUUCACCUGUACAGCCAAAUCCCUCUCCAUCUGAGGGAGAGAAGCACAGGCAAUUGAAUAAAGACAUUAGGGACAUGGUCUCUGCCAUCACUCACAGGGCCACUGAUUUUCACAAAUCAGGCUCAACCCACCACCAUUUGGAGAAGGAUGAGGAACAUGGUUUGAGCAUGGUCACCCUUGCAGGUAACAACAAUGGUGCCACUAUGAGAAGUGAGUUGGAUGAUAAAUCAGGCACCCAUUCUCAUGGUGAUGAGCCAGAGGCACUGAGCACCUUUGUUAACAGCAACUUCCAAGCCAUCAACAAUUCACUCAUGUUUGGUGGAAGUUAUCAGGCCAACGACCCUGGUGUGCACCUGGAUAUCUCAGAUUUCUCCACUGAGCCUCACCAGAGCCACCACCACAAGGAAGAAAGACAAGGGAAGAAGGGAAAGAAAAUAGAGAAAAAAACUUCCAAAGCCAAAGAUUCAUCAUCAUCAUCUGAUUCAGAUUAAUGUUGGUACUGAAAGCAUCAAACCUGUUGAGUGCCGGAGAAUACAUACGUUCAGAACCAUUGUGCCUUGCUUGAAUAGAACCACUUGUGUCCAUUGUUAAGCUCGCUAAUCAUAUCUUAUAUCCUAAGUAUGUUUGAAUAACCAUGUUUUUGUAAUAUGUUGCUUGUGUUUUUUUAUUCUUUUCUUUGUGCUUUGUCAAGCAAAAGCAGAAUUUAAUUUUCUCAUCAUAUAAUUGUAUUCUCUAUGCCAAUGAUUUAUGAGUAUACAGUGUAUGCUAUGGUGAAUGUGGUUUGUGUAUUUGACACAAAUUUUAA